AUGUCUGUAGCUCUGUACAACAGCCAGGUUUACAGCACGCCAGUGUUUGAUUACCUCCUACUGACCAUGAAGGACUCCCCACUCAAGACGUUUGAGGGGAGCAAGUCCUAUGAGGAGCUGCUGAGGGAGCUGAGGGUGUUUAACGUGGAGGAGGUUCAGGGGGGACCUUAUCGCUCUCGGCUUUUCCCCCCCCACUCCGCCUCGAUAAGUGGGAGAGGCGAGGUGCAUCCCCGGCGCACGCGUGAUGAACGCUCAGUACCCUCCGCGAUGGAGGAGGUGGCGGAGCGCGGACGAGCUGGCGCUGGGGCGGCGGCGAUGGCGGAGGGCGGUAGCGCCGCCGGAGAGGAGGCAUCCAACGCCAAUGCCGCGUCCUCGCCGUCGCCCUGCUCCCCUCCGGAGGGCGGCGGGACUAAGCAGUUGAGCGCGGCGGAGUACGCGCGGCGCGUACACCAGUGGCUGUGGGACUCGUACUGCGGGUACUUGGGCUGGCAGGGCUACCCACCUGCCUUCUUCGCCGCCGCCGCCGCUGCCGCCGCCGCGCAGCCGCCCCCGCCUGCCGCCGCUGCCUACUACAGCCCCUUCUACCUCUUCGCUCCGCCACCGGCACACACGGCCCCUGUCGGGACGGGGCCCCGCGCCCCCGCCGCUGCCACCCCAGCCUGGCCGGGAGCGGCGGGCGCGGUGUCCCCCCUGCCCAGGGCGGCCUCCGGCAGCACCGCCGGCACCAGCGGUAGCGGCGCCUCCAGGGACACGGGGAGGCCGGCGGGUCGGGAGUUCCUUAUCCCUUCACUGGCACACAGGUUCAUAGCAGAGAUGGUGGAUUUUUUUAUUCUGUUCUUUAUAAAGGCAAUCAUCAUUUUAAGUAUUAUGCACCUCAGUGGAAUAAAGGACAUCUCUAAAUUUGCCAUGCAUUACAUCAUAGAAGAAAUAGAUGAAGAUACAUCCAUGGAAGAUUUGCAGAAAAUGAUGAUAGUAGCUCUCAUCUACAGGUUAUUAGUCUGCUUUUAUGAGAUAAUCUGUAUUUGGGGAGCAGGUGGAGCAACCCCAGGGAAAUUCUUGCUGGGACUGCGAGUUGUGACAUGUGAAACAUCUGUACUUAUUGCACCCAGCCGUGUGUUAGUCAUUCCAUCUUCUAAUGUCAGUAUGACAACGUCCACAGUACGAGCUUUGAUCAAGAAUUUUUCUAUUGCAUCAUUUUUUCCUGCAUUCAUUACACUGCUGUUUUUCCAGCAUAACAGAACAGCCUACGAUAUUGUAGCAGGAACUAUUGUGGUCAGAAGAAAUGGAGUCAGAUGAUACAAAAAAAUGAGAUUUUGGGACUGGUUCUGAACAUCCCCUCCAAACCCCAGUGAAUUAAAGACCUACCCCAGAACUGAAAUUGAGGUGUCUGUUGGAAUCUUUUGCCCUAAUUAAAUAGGAACUGGUUCAGAAGCUAAAGAAAACAUAAUGUUCCUGUAUGAUGCCAGCAACUACCUUCAAAGCAGUGGAGUUUUUGUAGACGCCAAAGAAGUUUGGGAGAGAAAAUAUGUAUUAAAUCCAGGAGUAUUAAUUAACCUCUGACUGAUGAGACAAAAACUGUCUGCUUUAACUUCAAAAAGGAGCUGUUCUGUUUGUCAGUCUGUGGAAAGCAGAUCCCUAGGAAUACAUCACCUUAAAAGAAAUGUUGUUCCUGCAGUUUUGGAUGUUGGCAGGUAACUAGAAAAUGAAGUUCUUUUCUAGACAGUUGCCUGUCAAAGGAUAAAGGGGGAAGAGACCUGCAGUAUUAGACAGCAAGGCAAAUGAUGUUAAUUAAAUUGCCUGUAUGCAGAAAGCAAUCAGCAGGUUAUCUAUCAGUGUCAUUUAUUAUUGCUUCACAGAUCAUACUCCCUCACCAUUUAAGUAUUUUCUCACAUUGAUGUGAAAAGUGUUUUUGCAUGAUUGUCUCAAGCAUUGUCACUUACUUCACUUGUCCAAGCUAAUGAAGAAGUGAAACAAUAGCUGCUUUUUCCUCUAGGAAGGGUAUGUUACACUGCAGUGUUAGUGAUCUGGUGUGUGCAAAUAAUUCUGGAGCCAUCAACAGUACAGAUCAUGCUGAUGAAAGGUAACUUUUUGCUUCUGUUUGAAGUGAAAGCACUUGUCUAUUUCUUUCAUAUAAUGCAGAGCAGAAGUGAAUGUGUUUCAGGAGCAUGCAGAAAACAUUAACUGAAAUGUGUUAUGGGUGUAAAUCUGGAGAAGUACAAAUACUGGUUAUUUUCACUUUAUCAUUCUGGCUAAUUGUUUGUAUAUUCAGAUUAACUUAAAUACUGAAUAAAGAAACCUAAUAUUUUGCAUGACUA